AGAAUGUCACACACCUUCUCAAUCUUGUCUUCAAGAAACAUAUAUUCGGUCCUUGAUUCUUCAAAGAUUUGUAAAGAAGAUAGAUUGCUCUAAUACCUUUCAUUGCAUGGCAUAAUGGUAUCUUCAAAUGAUUCUGCUGAUCAGAGGGGGAUGAUGAAAACUCCUUCCAAAGAGUCAACUGUUUAUUAUGUAAAAAUGGCAUAUCUCACACCUUCAACUUGAGACCCAGCAACCUUAUCCAGUAAUUCUAUCACACAUGAUGAAACACCAACAGCUAAGAGUCUUCUGCUUAACUCUAAAUUGUUUCUUUUUUGUUUAUGGGGUUUUCACAAAGGUCAAAGAUAUACCCAAAGGGGACACAUGGCACGCAAGUGUUGGGUUUAGGCAAGAAUGUCCACUUGGGAGUUGAUUGAUGCCCCCAGGUGUCAAAAACCAGACAGAGAAUGAAUGUAUUCACAUGGGGUUUUCUUUAGCCUUUGGCUUCCUCCAAAAUCCAUAUGGGUGGGGGUCGAAGUUGAAGUUAAAGCCUUUUUUUGGGGCUUAUAAAUAGCUUAGACGGUUUGCCAACGAUAUCUGUGCAUCCGCAGUCUUCACGUGCUCUCUCUCUUUCUUUCUCUCUCUAACUCUGCUUUGCCCCUUGCAUUUCCUGCUGUAUCCUGCCUUCUUUAUUCGUUAUCUGUUUGCUUUGUUAUUUUUUUCUUCUUUCCUGAAAGACAAAUCUUAUCCACUGCCAGCCUCCUUUUGUUUUCUUUUGUUUGGUCUCUUUUUUUGAGGGUAGUUUCCUGUUAAAGAGAUAUAUAUCUAUCAAAGAGUAGUUUUGUUCGUUGGUUGACAAAGAAAGCUCUUUUAAGUUAAAAGAGUAUGGAAAACAAAAGCCAAGUGUGUGGUUCUUCUUCCUCUUCUUCUUCUUCAUUAUCAUCAUCAUCAUCAUCUGUUUCUUUCGAUCAUCUCUUUGGUCCCAAGGACUCUUCUUCUUCAUCCUCCACAAGUGGGAUUUUUGGGACUAUUUUCCCUCCCCCAUCAACGGUGCUAGGGAGGGACUCCAGUCACUCUGGAAUGAUGGGAUCAUGGAAUAAUCAGGGUUUGCCCCAUCAUGGCAAAUAUGGAAACCCAGAUCAUUCCACUGAUAGCAAGGGAAGGAGCAGUUGCACAACUCACAAAGACAAGAGUUCAUCCAUUUAUCAGAAUGAAACAGUGGAACCUUGCUAUUUCAGCUCAUCAAUUUACUAUGGAGGACAAGAAAACUAUUCUCCAAGGAAGAAUACCAAUGAGCCUCAACAUUAUUUCAAAAAGGAUGGGGAAGAUGAUGAUCCCAAUGGGAACAAUUCUAGUGGUGCUUCAAGAGGGAACUGGUGGCAGGGCUCACUUUAUUACUAACAUCUCAAUCCAAAAUAAUGCAAAUUUGCCAUCCCAAUACUCUAAGGACUAUUUUUGCAGGAAUACUGGCAGUAUGAUCAAUCUUUACACUAUGGAAAUAAGCUGGUAGACAGCUAGCCGUACGGUAGAAGCAUGUAGAGCAUAAUACAGCUUAGGACUUGAGGCUGAAUGUUGUGGUUCUUUUUGUCCCAACUCUUCCACUUUGAGCCAGUCUCACCUGCAAGCUAAUAUGUUUAGGGCAGUUUGCGGAACCUUGUAUUAUACGUUUCUUUUGCUUGACUAGUCUAGUCUCCAUGUACUGAACUAUUCUCUCUUGGGAUUUUUACCCACAAGCAAAUCAAUUAGUAUAACUAUUGACAUAUA